AUGGAUCCUACUGAGGCUGAAGACGUGCACCCAGGAACUACCUAUGCACAAGCUCGAGCUACCCGACCUGAUCACGACGAGGUGGCGGCUGCCAUUGAACGCAGACUUCAAGCAGAGCGGGAGAGAGCCGCUGCCGCAUCGUCGAACGCGACAUUCGACGGAAAUCAUGAGAAGAGGCAGGAGUUCAGGAGACUGAUCGACCCUGGCAUUUUGCGCCCAAAUCCUAGACACAUUGCGCUCGAAUCUCUGCAAACGCUGCUGAAGCUGGCAGAGAAUAUCAUCGCCCAUCCGGAUGACCCGAAGUACCAGAAGUUCAAGCCGACAAAUUCUACGAUCAACCGUCUGCUCGUCGAGCCGAAGGGUACCUUGGAGUAUGCGGUCGCGAUUGGUUUCGCGCCACAGGUCGAAAACUUUCAGCCGUUCUACAUUUGGAACAAGCGACGAAUGAACGACCUCAAGAUCGGUGCAGCCAUGAUCAAAGAGGCCCUCGACCGUGAGCUCCCCAAGGAAGAACGGGCAGCGCGCAGGAGAGCCGAAGAGAAAGCGGCAGAAGAGGCUGCUAAAGCGAAGGUCAAGCAGGCAUUUUACGAUGACAGGAAGGGCAGGGCGAUCACAGAUGAACGAGAAAGAACAGCACGCGCGGCAGCUGCGGCAAGACGUGCUGCGGGUCUAUCUCCAGAACCCGAAGUCGAGGACAACCGUCCGAAGAGACGGAUGCCAGGGUCCGGCAACACCUUGUCUGGCGACGUCGUCCAACCAGAGGAAGACGGAGCCCGGACAGAUGAUGACGAAGGGGACGAGGAGUAAGCGAUGUGUUCAAACGUCACGAAUCUCAGGACUGCCUUUGAAUCUGUAGCUCUACACGUGUUUUCUAGGAAUGCUAUGUACAAUGCUGUGUUGUGUCUCUACUGUAAGGGCGUAAAGUCUGAACGUUACCGC